AGGAGAAGGAAGGCCAGAACUGUUUUCAGUGACCAGCAACUGAAUGGUUUGGAAGAAAGAUUCGAAUCUCAGAAAUAUCUUUCCACACCUGAAAGAGUUGAACUUGCUUCAUUACUCAAUCUCUCCGAAACGCAAGUGAAAACAUGGUUCCAAAAUAGACGAAUGAAACAAAAAAAAGUGCAGAGGAAA